AUGAAGUCUUUCGUUCUUUCUGUUUCUGGACUCGCGAUCUCCCUUUCGUUCUUUGCGGGCGCUCAUGCUGCGUCCAAUUCUACCACUGGUCCGUCGUGUGGGGUAGCCAAUGUGGACGACAGUUAUUUCAGCGUUGUCGGGGUGCAGGGCACCGGCGUUCACCCUCGACAGGAGCUUCGAGAGCUCGAGAAAGACGCCGAGUUGUGGAACAUGUUUCUGCAGGCUUUCGCUCGUUUUCAGGCUGCAGACCAGGAUGCAAAAUUGUCUUACUACCAGGUCGCGGGAAUUCACGGCGUUCCCUUUGGAAAAUGGGACAAUGCAACGGGCUUGAAGGGCCAGGAGAUGAUGGGGUAUUGUCCCCAUGUGAGCAACAUGUUUGGCUCUUGGCACAGGCCCUACCUUGCUCUGUUCGAGCAAGUUCUCCAUGAUCGGGCUGUAGAGAUUGCGAAGGAGUACGCAGUGGGCGAGGCCAGAGACAAGGCCAUGUUGAUUGCCGAUAAGAUCCGACUACCUUAUUGGGAUUGGGCUGUAGACCCCCCGAACAAGGAGGAAGGCUCUAUGCCAUCUUGUCUUCGACGACCUAUGGCGACAGUCACGUUUCCUAACGGGACUACGAGCGACAUCGCUAACCCUCUUUACCGCUACGAUUUCCACCCUCUGAAGUACGACGACUUCGCGCCAUUGAGCGAAUUCGAGUACAAAGACUGGAACUACACUCGGCGAAACCCGCUCGAUGGCUUUGCGGCUAACGCUACCAGCCGCAAUCGCGAGUCUGCGAAGCGUAUCAAUGCACAACAGCCGAACAAUAGAGAUAUACUCUACAAACUACUCACCACCUACCAGCCUUUCAAUCAAGUGAGCAACAAAGCUAACGGUGGAACCAUUGGCAACUUCGAGACGCUUCACGACGGUGUCCAUAACGCGUUCGGACUGGGCCACAUGGGUAUCGUUGAGGUGUCUGCUUUCGAUCCCAUUUUCUGGUUUCAUCACUGCAACAUGGACCGCAUCGUUGCUUUGUAUCAAUACCGCUACCCAGAUACAUGGGUCGAAGAUGCCGAGCAAGUCAAGGGAACGUUCGCCACGCUCAAAGGCAGUAUCCAGGGCCCAGCAUCACCCCUCGCGCCCUUCCACAUGAACGCUCUCGGCGACAUGUGGACCUCAACCACAUCCCGAAACUGGACUUCCUUCGGCUACACCUACCCCGAACUGAUGACGCACCCCACCAACGAAACAUUCACCUCAACGCUCAACACCCUCUACAAGCCAUCAGUCCAAGGUCUAAACAGCACAAACACCACACUCCUCCUCCCCGGCAACAACGAAAACACCACAACCAGCAACACCACCGCAGAAGCAACAGCCUGGCUCUGCGAAGUCACAAUGCCAACCGACAUCCAAAUCUCCUACUCCGUGCGCGCUUUCCUCGGCGCCCCCUCCGCCGACCCCAAAAACUGGCCCACAGACGAUACCUACAUCGGCCAACUAGCUUCCAUGUCCUCGCCGCGCAUGGCCUCCGAUAUCCUCGUAACAGGCACCAUCGCGCUCUCAGAAAAACUCGCGCAGAAACACGCAUCCGGCGAACUCAAAAGCCUCGACAAAGAACACGUGCAGGCGUACCUCAAAGCGCACUUCACAUGGCGCAUCCAGGCGCUGGAUUUCAGCGAGAUACCGCGGCAUAGUCCGCCUCGGGGGCUUAAUGUGACUGUGUUCAAUGUGCCGGUUAGUGUUCCGGAGCGGGAUACGGAAGUCCCCGUUUGGCAUGGCGAGGUCGAGUAUCAUGCUGAUAUUGGGGGGAAUCCGCCGGUUUAUGGGGGGAUGGGGGGUGGGGGCGGGAAUCUGACUACGCCUGCUGCUGGAGCGGCGGGGCGCUGGAAUGCGAGUUCGGGGGCGUUUGAGUGGCGGAAUGGGACGGAGGGGAUGGCGAAGGGGGAGGAGACCACGGCUGUUGUUACGCCGUGGCCGUCUGCGCAGACGGGCGCCGUUGCUUCGUCGGUUGCGAGUGGGAGUCCGGUAGGGCGGGGCAAUCAGACGACGUCUGGUACUGUCAUUGUUUCGCCCUCCGCUUCGUCUACACUGCGGACGUCGCUGGGUUCCGCCGUUUCUGCAGUGGCACCCUUGCCUACGACUCACGAUGUUAGGACGAGGGUUGUGACCUCCGUUGUCAUGGAGUAUGUCACGCUUUCUUGA